AUGCAGGACAGGCAGUGCUGUAGUCCAAGACAAAUACCUCAAAUACAGAAAUUAGAAAGAGAAAACGAGCAGUUUCGCAACACUUCUCAAGAUCUAACUCUUCAGCUGCAUCAUUUGGAACAGCUGGCUCGUACCAACAAUAUUGAAAUACAAUUGAAUACUGCACAUCUGGGCUACGGUGGAGAUAAGAAGAGUGCUGUAUUCGUGACCGAACAUCUCACUCCAGAGACAAAAUCGCUACAUGCCGCUGCUCGCCUGAAAAUUAAACAACUCGAUUAUAAAUUCGUGUGUGAGUCACCGGCCGCCGUCACCGGCCGCCCCUCCGUCACACCGGAGACGUCACGCGAAUGCACAUGUAGACGUGCUUACGCAGCUGCAGCCGCCAGCCGACCCGUUGAUGCCGCUCUGAAUUGCGAGCGCCGCAAUAAACAACAAACGGAGAAGAUCGAAAACUCAGCAUCCAACAUGCUACUCCGGCAGCGUCACAAAAUCGGAUUUCGGACGAAGAGGGUUUCAUUAAAGUGGAAAGGAAGAAGAGGAAGCCCAUUCGCCGCAAGCUGUGUGGUGCCGCCCCGACCGGAGCGAACCACCUGCUGUGUCUUGCAAUACCGAGCGGCGUUGUACGUGUCCCGACUGCAUUACUCUACGAAGGAAGAGGAGAUCGUAGAGUACCUGCUGAUUAAGACCAAAUUGUCCCUGCGAGUCGCACGGUAG